ACUCUGUCUGCAACUUUAGAGCCUUAAUAAACACCGCCAUUUGUUUCCUGUCUUAUCGGAAAGCAAUACGGUAUGUCUGCGAUCUGUGCAAACUGACUUACGCAUGCAAAUCCGACGUUGAAAUCCUUUGAGGCUGAGAGGAGGAAAGAAAAGAUGGCAAAUGAAGCCAACCCGUGCCCCUGUGAUAUUGGCGAUCGGAUGGAGUAUGGAGGGCUCGGCCAAGAGGUUGAGAUAGAGCACACUAAAGCUUAUGUAGUCAAGCCAUCCACUGCGUCUGACAAGGCCAUUAUUGUCAUACAGGACAUCUAUGGUUGGCAGCUUCCCAACACCAGAUACAUGGCUGACAUGCUGGCUGCCAAUGGAUACAUUGCUGUUUGUCCAGACUUCUAUGUUGGAAAAGAGCCAUGGAGUCCAUCACAUGACUGGUCCACAUUUCAGGAAUGGCUUGAAGACAAAAAGCCAACCAAUAUAAACAAAGAGGUGGAUGCAGUGCUGAGGUUCCUGAAGGAGCAGUGCGGGGCCAAACGCAUUGGAGCAGUGGGUUUCUGCUGGGGAGGGGUUGCCACACAUUACCUGGCCUUGUGGUAUCCAGAGGUCAAAGCUGGAGUGUCAGUCUAUGGGAUCAUCCGCCAGACGGAGGACAGGUAUGAGCUGAAGAGUCCCACACUGUUCAUUUUUGGGGAGAAAGAUGAGGUUAUCCCACUUGACCAGGUGAACACCCUUGAAGCAAAGUUGAAGGAGAAAUGCAAAGUGGACUACCAGGUGAAGAUCUUUCCUGGUCAGACUCAUGGGUUUGUCCACCGCAAGAGGGAGGACAUCAACCCAGAGGACAAACCCAGCAUCCAGUCAGCCAGAACGGACAUGCUCAACUGGCUCAACAAGUACAUGUAAAUGAGACGUUAGAACCAGCAGAUUGGAGUUAGUUACAGGUGGAAUUACAGUAGCAACUGGUGCCUUUAAUCAUAUUUCUGCACCAGCUGUCAUGGUCAGGAUGAAAACCAGAGAAGGCCAACAUAGAGCAAGCUGGUGAUUGUUAUUAAUUUACACAUGGUAGUUGACAUUCCUCAUGUUUCCCAAACAUUUUAGGUUUUACUUUCAAAGUGGAUGAUGCCUCUACCUUUGUAUACCAAGAAACUGUGAUUCUAAUCUUAAUGAAAUGUGAAAUUAAAUUCUUGAGCCACAUAGGUUAAAGUA